AUGGAGUGCACACACCUGGGACAAGCCGUGAAAGUCGGUUCGCAGCUUAUCGAGAAGAUACGGCAUGAAAAAGCCACACAAUGGACUUGUUCAAGUACGCUUUGAAAUAAGAGGGGCGAUAAGCGACCCUUUCCCCUUAUUUUGGUCUUUUGGUUUUUGUCCACUGCCGGUAUUUUAUUACAUGCGACAAAUCCUGUUUCAUUCUCUCUCAUUUAGCUUGUAGAUCAACGAAAAGUCCGUGGAUCUGUCUACGUUGUGGUGUUAUAAAUUGUGGAAGGUAAUACAUACCGAAAUCAGUGUCACCAUUUCUGUUCGGGGUGUUGAGAUGGAGGAAUGCCGCGUUGCUUGGUUCUCGUGUGAAUUUUAAGCUAACUAUUUUUUUAAGUCACUUGCCGUUGUUUAGUAGUGAAUUUGCAAACUUUGCGUUCCAGGUAUGUGAAUGGACAUGCCAAGACACAUUAUGAGGAAAAUCGGCAGCACUCGGUCUGUUUAGAUGCAAGUUUGACAGCCUUUUGGUGAGUCUAUACUGAUCACCAAAAGCUUUUAGGAUAUUUAUAGCUUCCGUUUACUUUUUGUAUUAUAUAUAUCUGGAAUAUUUUGUUACUUUUCCACAGCUAUGCUUGUGACGAGUUUGUUAUCAACGAUACCAGAUCAGGGGAUAUUCAGAGAGUACGAGAAAUCAUGCUGGAACGGGAAAAUAGGUGAGAUAACUUGGGACUUCACGGCUGAAAAUUACCGCUGAAAUUGGGCCUUUGCAACCGACAGCUACGUCACCAUUGUUUUGCAUUCCAAUUAUUUUUACCAAUUGUAAGUGUUUAUUGUGAAUGUCAAUUUCCCCCACAAAAAAAUUAUUUGUUGUACAGUGGGUUUGUUUGAUGUAAGAACGAGUCAGGUUUGUGUAGAGUGGUUUUGUUUAUUUCUUGCCAUCCGCCAUUUUGUUUUAUUCCCAAGAAUCAUAGCGACGCACGUGUUCUUUUCAUUUCGUCAUGUUUUGAGUGACUGCUCUUUUUUUAGGCAGUUAAUCAUUAGUUUCAGUCAGCCUUUUCAUAGGGAAAACAACCUUUGUUAUGAGUAUCAACAAACAUACAUUGGAAUUUAAUUAUCAUUUGCUUCAGAAUCCCAUGAAAAUCUAAGAUGCAGCGGAGGGGGGAUGGGGGGUUACAUAGUUGGGUUAAUUUUUGCUGGGUAUGUGCCGCUGGCCUCUCAGAACACCUACCCCAUUACAGGCUAUACUGUGGCCAAAUAUGUGACUCCAUCUUAGCCACUUUUGAGAAGAUGUCAUUUUCGUGAUCCCAACUUAAAGACAAUUUUCUGUUUUCACAUCUACCUUAAAAAGCCUUUUAACUACAGUCAAACCUCCCUUAAGUGACCACAGAAAAUGAAAAGGCUUGGUGGUUGCUUACAAGAGUUAGACUGCAAGGACGAAAUUUUUAAGUCAACCUAGAAUGGAGUUGCAUACUUAUUCUAAAAAAAUUAAUGAAAGUUUACUUCCCGCAGCCAAUAACUGGAAGUUUUAGUGACAAAAUCGUUAGUUAUUGUACGUGACAGUUCAUUUACAGAAGUGCACUUAUAAUAUUAGAUAACGCGUGUGACGUGCAUGACUUCUUGUACAGCAAUGUCCCUAAAACGUCUGAAGAACAAAAACUUAACUUCUUAAACUGAAACCUAAAAAUCUGAGUCCUUUUUUCAAGGGUAAUGGUUAAUAUUGUAGUUAUAGAUCGAACAAAUAAACACAGUAAUAGAUGUAUAGACAAUAACAACAGCCAAAGAAUAAAUUCAUUUUUGUCCAUUUUUACAAUCUACUUUACUGUUUAGCAAGACCAUGUGUCAGGUGGUCAUUUACCGGAGGUUUGAAAACAAUAUAAAAUUCUGUCCACUGAAAAAGUGGUCACAGUCGCUUGCAGGAGGUGGUUGUUUAUGAGAGGUUCCAGUAUAAGGCUUUGACUGAGAACCUUUUGGGUGUUUUGGAAAGGUGGUCGCUUAUGGGAGGUGUUUGCCUUUCGGGAUGUGGUCGCACAUAGAGGGUCAACUCUAGGUCAUCCUGAAAUGAAUUGACACAUUGGUUAAACUUAAUUUAGUGCAAAUCUUCCUAUUUUUAAACCCCCACCUAGCGUAAUUUUCUGAUCCCUCAAAUACCAAAUACUGAAAAUGUGAGAUCCCAUUCAAGUAACUCAUGAAAAUGUAACUGUAACCCCAUUAUAGUCAAUCCUGCCUAGAAAAUGUGACCCCAUCCAUUAGCCUACUACUAGGAAAUACCACCCCCCCCCCCCCCCCCCCCCCACAACGUCACCCCCCCCGAGUGGGGGCCAAAAUAAUAUAAAGGUUGUGGUCUCACAAAAGAGAAGCAUCGUAAGUACUAAAUUUUUUGUUUUUUUUAAAUCACUAUACUCAAAUAAGGAAAAAUAAAUCAUAAAAAACAAUGACAAAAUAACUUUGUCAUUUUUAAACCCCCACUGGCGGUAAUUUUUGAGUCCCAAAAAAGCAAAAUACGAAAAAUUUGAGAUCCAAUUAAAGUACUCCAAAAAAAUGUAACUGUACCCCCAUUAAUUCAAAUCCCCCCUAAAAAAGGGCCCCCCCCCCCUUUGCCAACCCCUAGAAAAUCCCCCCCCCCCCCCCCCGCCGCCCUAUAGCUAGCCCCCCAGGAUCUGGGGCAAAAUUGUAUUAAAGGUGUUGCAUCCAAUGAAUGAUGAGUGCUGAAUAUUAGAAUUUUUUUGUCUUUAUAAACUAUCCAUACCUAAGAGCUGAUAGCAAUAAGUAAAACCAACUCUAUACAAAGACAAUGACUUGGCUGAAGUCUUUGUUCAGUAUUGGUCACUAUGGAAAAAAGUACCAGAGUGAAAAGUGCCUGCAUAAACAGGGGGAGCACUACUCACAACAUUUUGUAUAGAGAGGUGUGGCCAAGAGGUUCAACCCCUUACCCUUUUUUGUACCAUUCUGAUGGUACCCCUUUAGUAUACCUCCUAUUGAAAAGUGGUGCUCCUUUUACGUACCUACUUAACCUAACAGCAGGGUUGUCAAAAGUAGCCGGCUGCUGGUGAAAAUCACUGUCUACUUGGUUAGAAUCGGCUGGCUACUCUGCUUGGCAUUUCUUUAUGGAUGGCGUUUUUUAAAUAAAAUAUCCCUGGACUGGUCACUUACUUUGACAACUCAGCCGUCUACUUCAAAACUUUCUGACAACCCCGUAACAGUCAGUGUAAAACACAGACUGUGGACUAUUGUUUCUACCUUGCAAAUGAGAACAUGACAACAAUAGUCCCAUUGUUUUCUAACCCUAAAAACAACAGUCCUCAGUCUGCAUUUUACGCUGUCCCAGAACCUAAUAAAUUGCUAAAAUAAAAAAGUAACCUAACUGUAGUAAUCACCCCUACCAGUGUAAAUUUAACCAAUUUGGAAAGUUCUUUGAUCUGAAAGAUAGCAGACCUCAUAUAAUAGCUACAUGUAUCUUUAAGCAGACUUUUGGUUCUGUCCCUUUGGUGUCCUUACAGUUCACUCUCAGAUGUACCUUGUUACAUUACUCUGAAUACUCACUAACACAUAAUAUCUGUCUGUGAAAAUUUUGUUUUUGGCAAAACAGAUGUUGUUUGCAAUUGCAGGAAACGUCGUUUACGAGAUACAAGUUCUCCAGAGUCGCAAAAGAAAACUUCAAAAGCAGAUGUGAGUUUGAUAGUAAUAAUAUUGUGCAUGGUCCGUUUCCUCUUUAUGUAUCAAACACGUACUUGUGUGCAUCUUCUCCAGUAUCACAGUCAUAUUCGUUACUUGAAGUGAAAUUGUAACAAUUUCUCAUAUUAUUUUAACAUGAUUUUCAGCAAGAGAAUAUCGGGAGGGUGAAGUAUUUGCCUGGUCUUCGUAACCUUGGAAACACAUGCUUUAUGAAUGCAGUCUUACAGUCUUUGAGGUAAGGUGUGUUGGCAUUUUGUUCUGGAGUGGUCCAAUAUGUACCUGAUUGAAAAAAUGUUGUCGCUUAAAAAGUAUAAAUUAACCAUGAAUGAUGAGGCUUCAAGCAGUUAUGGGUAUAUGUUCAUUAGCAAAGGAAAUUCAAAGUUCUUUCACACAAACAAGUUUACAUUGUCACAAGCUGCUUGUGCAAAUACAAAUCCUUAGAGUACUUUGUUUAAGGCUUGUGGUUGUCUUUUUGUCUCCCAAGAAAGCUUAAAGUGUGUCUUUGCUAUAUUGUUGUUUAACUGUAGAGAUCUCUGAUAUGCCUUGCACAGGUAAAGGUGGGAAUGUACCACCAAGAAAACUGGAAACUUUUUAACCUUUUUUGGAAUGAAUCAUCAUGAAAAGUUUCGAUAAUGUAAACUUUUCUGGAAAGAACUUUUAAGCAACGUUUUUUGAUUAGGUGUAUACACAGUCCUGUUUUGUGGCUACCUCAUUUAACCCAUUCACACGUGAACUGUACAUUGCCACCCGUGUGGAACCACCUCCCUUGUACUGUUGUAUAGUCACAGACAACUUUGCAGAGGGCGUUAAUGAGAUACUUCAAACCAUGAAAGAAAUAAAAAAUGAGCACAGUCAUGUAAACCAUGUAAAGUUGACCUGUCCAGAAAAUUCUGAUGAAAAUCCUGUUCCACUACCCGUGGCCACCUGUACUUUCUUAAAAAUAAUCUUGCGAAACUUGGGUAAAAAAAAAUACAGGUGAAGAAAAGAAAAAGAAGCAGGAAUGAGAGAUAGUUUAAAGGUGAAAGUCAAGGGGCAGUAACACUUAAAAAAAACCAUAAUAAUCUCAACAUUUUGCCAUGUAUGCAUGCCAAACUUUGGAAGCUGUAAUUAAGUAUCAUAAACAGAAGCCCCCUUUAUACUGCAAUUUUGGUUCUUGGCUUUUUUUCCUUGCAAAGGGAGAAUGGACUAAAAUGAACAUAAUGUACAAAACAAUAAUUGAUCUCUCUCCAAUGUCUUUGAAAAAUUCACUUGAAUUGUCUUUCUGACUUCCCAACUUGAGCCAGACAAAAAGCUUGCACUUUCCAAUGAAUAUUAAACAUUGCAUUCUUGAUUAACAGUAAUAUCCAGUCAUUUAGCUGCUACUUCAAGGAUCUCCCAGCAUUUGAGCUGCACCCAGAUAAUUCAUGUGGAAAACAGCCAUAUUUCACAAGAAGCAGGAAAACAGAUGAAGUGUAAGAAAUAGCUUAGAGCAUUUUCUUUGUCUUCUAUUAAUUUAUAUCAAGUCAAAUUACACAAUGAUAGUUAUUCUCUAGUAAUAGUUCAUUGCAGUCCUUCUAGCAGCAUGUUGACUGAAUAACAGGGUUGGGUUGAAACAAUUUUUAUUAUUUUCCUCCUUUUUGGUCAUACAUGUAAUAACUGAGUAACAGGUACAUACUGUAGCAACUCUGAUUGCAGCCAUCUGUCUGUUGUGGUCAGGCAGCUGCAAUCAGAGCAAAAUUGUGACAGAUUGCCUUUACUGACUCAUUUUCAUAAAAAGUGUAUUUAGGCAAAAGUUGUGGGAAUUUUAAAACUGAUUUCUGUGGCAACCAUGUUUAUGUUCCCCACAGAUCCAUUGUGGAAGAGUUGCGUAAAGUGUUAUGUGCUCUCUGGCAUGGCAGAGGGGUGACCCACUCUCCUGAUGCACUCUUUUCAGUUGUAUGGAAAGUAGUUCCUAGAUUCAGGUAUGUUCAAGCAGCUUGAGCUAUAAGCCUUUAAAUCAUAGCUAUAACAAAAUUUUCUAAUGUAAUUGCCUAUCAGCUUCCCUCAGCAUUAAUAGGACAGUAAGAGCCAUGUCUAAGUAGUUUGACAGUACCGCCAUUGCACACUCAGAUGAAUGAUUUUUUUUGCUUCUAUGAAAAAAUUCUUGGAAUAUGUGUUUUAAUUUUAAAAAUGAAAAAAUUUAAAACACCACAAAUUUUGUAAAAGUUGUGAUUAAUUGGUAACACAACAGUGAAUCGUCCAAUUGAGUCUACCAGUGAUUUUGUUACCUCUGAUGCAUGAAAAUCCCCAAAGAAGCACAAGAGUUUAUGGCAAGCGUCCUGUGGAACACAAAGAUCGAUUGAUCGAUCGAUCUGAAGAUGUUUUUGUAGAAUAUCCUGUUUGUGUGAUUUCGGUGGCUGUUCUUGUGGCUGUUGUUUAAUGAGGCAUAUUUCCUUUAGUCUUCGUUGUGCUUUACAAAACUGGGACUCAUGAUUUGUUUAAUACAAGAUGAGUCCUAGGACUCACCUUAACUAUUUGUAACAAAAUCACUGGUCUAUUUAACAAAUAAAUGUCAUGCAUCUGUUCAGUAAUAGAUCACAGAUUAUGUCAAAAAGUGGUAAGAACAAAGAAGUGGCACAUGAGCCUCAGUGUGUGACUGAUGUUUUUACCACCUUUUGAUGUCUUAACAAACUUGCCUGGUACUGCUCGACUGUGAGUGCACUUGCUCAAAGAAGAAAAAUCAUGAAAACAUUUUCAAAACUGCUAGUCUCUUGUAGCGAUGACACAAUAAUAAAACAAUAAAACAUGAUGUAACUUUUGUGAAGAUUUCUUCCAGUUUAGACAUUUUCAAGUCAUCAAGAAAGCUUUUUAUCUUGGUUCCUCCAUUCUUAUUCUUUGUAAAUAGCUCCUGCUAAACUUUUUUUGAGGCCUUCACUUACUUAAUCCAAAAUAUUCUAGCAAAGAAUUUCAAAACUGCUUGCCACAUUGGACAAACAAGUUUCCCAUGACAUCAUCCAUGGUUUUGUACUCUAACAAAUCAUGGGCAAUGACUAAUCAAAGCACGCGUGAUAUUCACCACAUAAUUAUAUGAAAUCACAUACUCGUGAUCAGACAAAUUGAAUGACCGCAUUUUUGUCAAUCCCACUGAAUUGGACUCCACUCAGUCCCAUUACCCAGAUUUAUAAACUUAAGUUGAUUUACUGGUACUGAUUCAUGAAACUGGAGCAGUUUUUAAAUGGUUGUAUAGUUGACUCUCUCUUAAUGGACACAUCUAUAAGGCAGACACCUCUAGAGAGUUGGUCCCUGCCUUUCUUUACUCCCUUUAUUUGACUCUCUAUAAGACAGAUAUCUCUUUAAGACAGACACUUACUGCCAGUCCCAAAGGUGUCCGUCUUAGAGGGACGUGACUGUAUCUGUUCAACCUUUUUACUACAGAGGCUAUCAGCAGCAAGAUGCCCAUGAAUUCAUGCACUAUCUCUUGGAUAGAGUACACACAGAACUUCUUCUUUCUCCCAAAUGUUAUGGUUCUACUGAGACCAUUAUAACAGGCAUAUUUGGUGGGAUCCUACUCAGUGAGGUAUGCAAGGUGUAAAAUUAUUUUGUCCAAUACCAUUUUCUAGUAACCAACAGAGCCCUCAACUGGACAUGUCCUACUUUUGUUUUUCCUUAUUGCACCAUCUGUUUUGAAGGCAUGUAAGGAAGAGUGUACUUUGAAGCAUGAUAUUUAAAAGGACAUAGUAAUUUUUAUUAUUGUGCUUCACUUUUUGCUGGGACCAUAGAUGAACCUCUUGGUUUAAUAAAUUAAUUAUUAAUUUAAUUAAUUAACUUUUUGUGGUACAGUUUCCAAUGAAGCUGUUAAGAUACAUUUAAGAGCUAGGUUUUUACAUUGUUAUGUGUAGUCUCAUCUAAACCCCGAUGCCUGCAAAUUUACCCUAUGUAGAUGAGGACAUUUUACUGUUUUUUCUUGUCUUUUCCAUGAUCCCACACUUUCUGUUACACUUGACAACAAGUUUCCUUUGACAAGCAAAAACUUAAUCAUCUCAAUAGGCCUUAUAUCAAGAAAUGGAACAAACUAUUCACCUCAUUCCCUGUUUUCAGUGGCUUCAAAUUUCAAAAACGUUUCUUGGUAAUCAAAAAAUUGCUGGAAAAGUAUCAAACACUGAUAGUGCAUGGUGUAUGUCUUUUUGUUCAUUGAUUUUCUUUGCAGGUUAAGUGCUUAGUCUGUGGAACUGAGUCCAAAAAAUAUGACCCAUUUCUAGGUAAGUUGCACAUAAUACAUGCAUCUGAAAUCUUGUUACAAUACCUGUAUAAUUUUGGUUAGCACUAUCUACAGAAUAAUUGAUCUGAUCAACUCAAGAACUGGAAUUAAAGCUUUUUUUAAUUUGGUGGUGGUGUUAUCAGGGCUGUCAUUAUUAAGAAGCAGUGCUGGGGAUUUCCCCUGGCUAGUCUAAACAUGGCCCGUGGCUACUUUCAGAGGAAAAUAGAAGAAAAAUACAACCCAAAGAAACCCCCUAGCUGUUUGAUUCCCUGCCUACUUGUUGUAUUUACCUGGCAACUUGAAAUCUUAGUGACAACCCUGGUGUUAUCCACAGAUCUGUCACUGGAGAUUCCUGCAGAAUUCCAGUACAGAAAAUCCAAGUCAAGAGACCCACAGGUGUGCCAUCUUCAGGGUAAGUCUUUCAUUACUCAUUUCCCUCCUAGACAAGGUUAUACCAGGAUGAUUAGUUUUUGUCAACCUUUCCAAAUGUCAAUUUGACAUCUGAAUUUUUUUGGGUGGAAGGGGUGAAGUGGGCAGACACUUUAACUGAUAAUUAACUUGGCCUCUGUCCAGAGAGAAAGGGUUCAUUGUUUUAAUUUGUUAAGGCCCUUAUACCAAGAUUUAGCCUAUUUUUUCAAUUUUUUCAAUUUUCUUUUCCAUUAUUUGGCUUUUUUUCUAGAAACCAAUACAUAACUUGUUGGUACACAUGAAGUUAGCUUAAUUGGAGCUUUGAUUUUGUAUUUCUGUCUGAAAAAUGUUGAGUUUAUUGCAUCAAAUCCUCUUCAUGGCACAGACACGUACUCAUUGUCAUGUUAUAAAAGGUCAACAAAUGAUAAUAUUAUUGUAAGCUAUAAACUAUUUUCUGUGAUGUUAUCCUUGUGACUACUUUUGUUCAAUGAGGACUGAUUUCAAUGUGUGUGGUAAUCAGUACACUGUUCAGGAUUUUACAUAUAUUACACACCUCAAAUUUUGAAACAACUUUUGGCUAAGAAUAAUUGAGUAUUAUUCAUGUACAUGGGUAAGUUAAUACAGUUAGUGCUAUGUUGUUUAUUUCAGAUUGCCUGGAUCAUUUUGUAUCACUAGAGGAACUAGCAGAAUCUGAACUGUAUAUUUGUCCAAACUGUAAGAAAAGACAAAAGUCUACCAAGAAGUUCUGGCUGAAAAGACUACCAAAUGUGAGAAAACAAAUUUAACUUUAUCUUUUUUCCUAAGCAGUUUGGUGUUUUCGAACAGAUCAGUGAUUAAAUGAUAUAAAAAUACAGCCAAACAAGAGGUACUACGAUUAUCAGUUGAGUUGAGUGCCAUACUUAACUGAUAAUCAUAGUAAAGGAGAUAAUUAUAUAUAUAUAUAUAUAUAUAUAUAUUAACCAUGAUAAGUGAUGUUUUGUUAGUGUUAACGAUGAUUACCAAAAAAACAAUCUGGUGUAUAAAUAUUAUGGCAAGUGAAAUUGGUGAAACAGCAUUUUGCACUAACAUUACACCAGAACCCCACUAACUGAACAGGAAGAAAUUCUGUUGUUACCAUGUGCUUACCAUGGAUGGCAGACCACAUAUCGCUUGCACGUGCAUUAAUUACUGCCAGAAUGAAUAGUUUCGUGACGACUACAAAAUUUCACGAAAUGAUCAUGUAACGAUCACUGCUUCCAUUUAUUUCUUGUCUUGUUGCGUUCAAAUCUGUCCAAAGUGGAAAAAAUGCUGUAGUAAUAAUAUGUGCUAUCUGCAAAAAAACGUUUUAAAUCAAAGGUUAGCAAACAAACUUGUCCAGUACACAGCUUUCUACCAGACAUGAAGAAAUGCUUUGGGUCAAACGUGGUGGUGAACUGUGACAGAGUAUGCAUAAAAAGACUGGAGAAACUUUUGAAGAUGUAAGUGCCUGAGUGGGAUCAUCAUCCUGCAGGAACACUCUUAACAGAAUCCACAAGGAACUGGAAAAAGACUUAAAGGAGCUGUGUCACGAAAUUCAGCCAAAUUAGGAGAUUACAAAAUGCCGGUUAAACUAAGAGAAACAUUAAAAUAACUGCUUAAACUUUAAAGGAAGGUUAAAAUAACAUAUAACAGAAACAAUGGAUGCCAUGGAUGGACAAAACUGAAAAAGAUUGAAACGGAUUAAAAUUAGGGUUUUUGAAAACUGUUCAGCCUAACAGUUUUUCAAAGUUGAUCCUUCUACUUGCAACUUCAAAAAUAAUGUUCAGGAGACAUAUUUGUUUGUCUCGGAUCUCUGAUUUUGUCAUUUACAUGUAAUUUCUUUGCUUACUUUAAGUUCCAUAGCGAUUGAGGGCGAUUAAUUGGCAAAAUUAAACAAAAUGAACUGGACUGCCAUGACACAGCCCCUUUAAUGAUCUCGUCAUUAAACCAAUUGCUCAGAAAUCUCAAAUUGCACUUGUUAUAGAUGAUUAUACCGCUUUCCACAAUAUUAGAGGACCCACUACUAGUCAAUCUUGCAAUCCCAAAUCAAUGUGUACUAUUCUUGUUAAGUUUUUUGGAACAUCCCUGCAAUACCAACCAGUCCUGCAACUAUCUAUUACUCUCUCAAAGGUUUGCACUUCCUUCUUUCUCAACCUGGUGACUGGUCUCCACAAUAUUAUUCUACUCCAGAUAAGUCAUCUAUACAACCGUACAAAAGUACUUCAAAUAUACUGAAGCAUCAUCUCCACCACAAUCCCAUCAGAGUCCUUUUCAACAGCACCGGCAGACCGCAGCUACACAAUGUCUUAUCAGUCUAGACCUGAAAAAGAGAGAGCAAUAAUUGGUUAUUGAUCAGCCUGCCAUUCUUUCUUUACUGCCAUGUAUUGGACCUCUCCACAUUUCACUCAAUGACCGGGAAACACUAUUUGAUGAAUUUAGAGACCUUUUUGAACUUAUCUACACUAAACUGUUUCCAAAGAGCAAACUUGCUAAGAAUCCCAAGCCUUGGCGUAUAAGCCUACUUUUGAAAGUUGCCUAUGGGGGAUGGCUCUACAUCAGAGAAUCUGUUAAAGAGAAAUUCAUUGCCUGUAAAGAUAUAAAGUAUCAAACCCUUCCAAAUCUUUUGGAUAAUUCCUUGCCUCUGGUUCGUUCUAUAUACAGUGUGGCUUUCAAGCUCAAUAACUACUCUAAGUGUUAGAAUCUGGACCACGUUCUUGUGCCUCUAAAGACACCACUAUUAUAAAGCCCUUUUGGUGUGGCUAUCAAUGUGUGCAUACUGGGGCAUCAAUAACCCAACUCUCUUUGAGAUGUUAAGAGCUUACCUGGUUAUUUUUGACAAAUACCCUGUAGAAAAUGCCCACAGUAUUAUUCGUUCAAAAACUGACCCUCAUAACUCAGUCGAGUCAUUGAUAUAAAACGUCAAGGCUGCUUUAGAAUCAAAUCACACCACUCAACUAAAAUUUCAAGAACUCACCUUUCAGCUUGUGUAAGGGCAAGAAUGUUCCUUAGGCUUUAUAGCUUGAGAGAAAACAACUGCCUUUUUGAUCUCAGCAGCCGCCAUAGUGUCUAAAAAUUCUUCCUUUUCGAAGUUCUUUGACAUCAUUUAAGCCUCAAAUCAGUAAGUUUACUAACCAUGUGCUUGAAAAAAAUAUAAUGAACUACCCUCAAAUGAAGUGAUAUAGCUCAGAAGUUGGAUUGAAGAGGUUAAACUAGAGCCAUGAAAAUGUAAACAUUCAUAGAUUACAAUGUGACCUCCAUCUUGUUGUCAUCUUGCUAAAAAUGGUCGCAACUGUGCAUGUGCCACAGAAUUUCCUCCUGCCCACUAAUUUUUUUUUUCUUUAUUGACAACAAAUCAACAACAUUAAUACACAGCAGAAAGUAAAAGAACAAAUAAGUAAAUAAAUAUGUUAGUAAGUAACAAAACAAAUUACAAUAAAAAUGAAAAGUAUUGAAAAAAAAAAAAAACCUGUCAGUUACCACACAUAUUUAAUAUUGUUUGCCACAAUUUUCAAUGCGAUAUUGUUCAAAAAGCUUACGUAAAAAUUCCUUCUAAAUUAGGUUUCGUUACAAUAUUCUUGCAAGUAUACAAGUAUUUCUUUUGUAGUAAAACCAAUAGACAAAGUUUGCGUUGAGUUGAAACUGGCAUUUGCAUUGCCCACUAAUUGUAAUUAACAGACUCUAAGGAAUACCAUAAAUCAAGCCUUAAUUAGCAGGUUAACCCUAACAUCUUGUUUAAUAUGCUUUUGUGCAGAAGAAUUAAUAAUUAAUUGAAGAGGUUUGAAGAGCGGGCUCAAAAAUGAGGUCUUAUGUAUCUCAUUAGUUCAUGUUGUUAAGCUUGAGGGGUUUUUGCACUAAGCCCUGUGGUUUCAGAAACCUUUUUGUUGCACCUGACUUCUGAUGGGAAAUGAUAUUGUUUUGUUAUAUGGUCAUUGACAUGAAGAAGCCAAUAAAUUAUACAUUUCGCUAGGGAAAAAUGCAACCUUUAGUGACUUGCAGUUUUUCCCAAUAAGGUUUCUCCAUUCUGUCGCAGAAGUACAGUGUAUGACGAAGACCUGCUCCAAAACUCAUUGUUAUGUGUAUAUUUUGAGGUGUGAUUGUCUUUCCUUUGUGUAGGUUUUGUGUCUGCAUCUAAAGCGCUUUAAGUUCCAAGCGUUUCACCGCAGUAAAGUUGAUACAUAUGUUGAGUUUCCUGUCCAUGGACUAGACAUGAGUCCUUACUGUAUACAAUCUCAGGUAAAGAACACUUAAAUGUAUCUUUUCAGUUGAGUUACUAUUCAUCAGAGUACUGUUCACUUUUCUUAUAUAUCUCCUGGGCUCAGUACCCGAAGGCGCAAUUAGUUCUAAUGCAGGAUUAAAAUUUUACUUCCAAGAUUGCCUUUACCUUGCGAAAGAUUGGUUACAGAAUCAGUAAAGUGGUGUUAUAACUCGAUCUCAGAAAAAUAGCUUACAAUAUUUUAUUAGCACCAGUUGCAUGGAAACUUUACUUAAAAUUAGCUUAACUUUGGGUUAAACUUAACCAUCUUUCAAGGAACUGGGUUCAGGACAGUUUGUUUGUUCAUAGUAUAAGUUUUGGCAGACUUUGGAUUAUUUUUCCUUCAUUUCUAUUAUUGAGGACAGAAUGAAAAUUCAAACAAAUUUUCAAGUCCGAUCUUUAUGUCAAAACAAAAAAUUGCGGCCCAAGAGGUUUCAUUUAAUAGUGUCACCAUGAAAUUUCAUCCAUAUUUUCAAAGUGAGAAUUAUAAGAUGUUCCUUCUCCAUAAUAUUGACUGUGUAACACAGUUAAGACCACAAAUGUUUUUGGAAUCUCAUUUUGUGCAGUGAAAGAAUCCUUGGAAUCAGGUGUGAAAUUUGUUUAUGAUAAUUUGUGUGUUCUGAUCUGUGUUGUAGUUGGACACAAAACAAUGAACUUUCCUGAAAUAUUUCCAGUGUUCACAAUCUCCUUCUUUUGACAGUAAUUGGGUAUCUUUUGGUACGGUCUCUGGUGAAGAAAGUUUACGUUUUAUUUUUUAUAAUCAUCAACAUUAUCAUUAUUAUUAUUAUUUAUUAUUAUUGUUAUUAUUAUUAUUAGGAUGAAAACCCAAAGGCAUUUUUAUUUGAUCUGGCGGCUGUUGUCGUUCAUCAUGGAAGUGGGUAAGUGUUUUUCGUGUAAAGAUAAAUUUUUUUCAGAUAUUUCUUUGUAUGUAUUUACUUUUUUGCUGAUUACCUUGUUGAUUAAUACCUUUGAUUCUUUUUAAGAAUUGGCAAGAAACAUGCUAAUGCUGUAAAUAAAACUUAUUCGCACCCAUGACUGAGCACGUAAACAGGAAGCUUAGAGAUACCCAGCAAAAGGAAAAUUAAAGGAGGCAGUGACAGAGGUGGACAGAAGAGAAAAAAAUAGGCUUUUAUUAUCCUAGCAUUUUUUUUCAAGUGUUUUAAUGAGGCAAAAGCAUUAAGCAUUGUUCGAACUGUUUAGUGGCAUUUUCACGGAUUUUUUUUUUCAGACAUGAUAAAAAUGAAAAAAAAAUCAAGAGAACAAUUAAUGAAAUACAAGCCAUUUAGAGAAAAAUCUGCUGCUGUAUUGAAUCUCAUAACUUGUGUACGUUGUUGACAUUUACCUUACCGUUAGACGAUUUUGUUAACGUUUAAACUCUGUUAAAAUGUUUUCAGCAGAAGUAAUAAUAAAGCCUCUGUAAGAAAAGCAUGAUCCAAGCAUUUUAGUGAGUUUUUGUGGGACAAGGAGCAUUGAGUGGGAUAAAUGGCACACUAUCGUGGGGAAACAAAGCGAUUAUGUACAAAAGCCUAUUCAAGUGCAUACAAUUUUGCGCUCAGAAAAUUGUAAUUUUUCCACGUGGAAAAUUUUGUUUUUGUUUUUGCUUUUUUUCGCAAGAUAAUGACCAGAAAAGAUCUUGACUAGUUUCAAAGAGUGUUUCUCAGUAAAAUCUCCAGUGUGGAUGGGUUAAUCCUGGAAUAGUUAAGGUUCACUUUACUACAUUCAUGUAAUUGUUUUUAAUUUUUUUGUAAUUUUAUUAAUAGUAAUAACAAUUAUUGUUUUGAUUUACAGGGUGAGUGCUGGUCACUACACAACAUUUGCUUUUCAUGAUGGUGAGUACAGUCGACUCCCGAUAAUUCGAACCUUCAAGGGAAACAAAAAAAGUUCCAGUUAUCGAGGGUAAAAUUAUAUAGAAAAUGUUCUGAGGGGAAAUAAAAAUUGCUUCAAGUUAGCGGGAGGUUGGAGUUAUAGAUGGUUCUAGUUACUGGAACAACACUGUUUGAUAUUCCUAGACAUUUUGUAAGGAAUGGUACAAGCAAUCAGUUUGAAGAUACUCAUUUAGUCGAAUAAGCACCGCAGCGCUUAAUAAAUUUUUCACGCCUCAAAUGCGGCGCUUAUUUGAGGGCGGCGUUUAUUUGAAAAUGGGACGCGACAAAGAAUUGUAUUAACUGCGACAUUAUUAUUUCCGUAUUGAACUAACAGAACGGACGUCUUUUGAUUUGAAUGAUAUCAGGGCCACGGUAGACUGCGAGCAGUCUUCUCCCUUUUUCGUCAGAUUUAGUGCGGCGAGUGCACGCGCGCCGCGAGACGCAAGAAAUGAGAGUGGCAGCCUGCCCGUCUCGUGCCUACAGUCACGCGCGUGUUCAUUUUCAUGUCACGCGCAUCUCGCUCGACGGAAUAAGAAAAAAGAGAGACUGGUCAUAGUCUUGGGCUGUGGCGCCUAGUACCUUUUUUUUCUCUCAAAUGUGGCGCUUAAUCGGGGACGGUGCUUAUUCGAGUAAAUACGGAACUUUUUUCCUUGUUUAUUUUGUUCUCAGGUCUUUGGUACAAUUUCAAUGACAGUUCAGUGACACAGUCAGACGAGGAUCAUGUUAGUCGCAGCAAGGGAUACAUUUUCUUCUACACUCGCCGGCAUCCCAACAUGGCCAUCCUUGACAAGAUUAGAAAAUAA